AGGCGGCCGAGCCCCCCCGAGCCUUCCGGCAGGCGAAAACCUCGGGCGCCUCCACCGGCACCAGUGGGACGAGCACGCGGGCCGUCUGCGGAGGCGAAACGAGGAGCGGAGCCGGGCGGCUUGGCUCUCCCCGCGGACUCGCGCUCUCAGUCGGGCCGGGGCAUGAGGGGCUCGGGGACGCCGCACAGCUUCGAGAUGCGGCUGUGGGACGCGGAGCCGCCGCCGGACCCCCUUGAGGCAGCGCCGCCCCUGACCCUCAGCCCAACCUGCUGCUGCCGGGGCCCCGCGGGGGAGGAGCGGCGCCUUCCCUCGGCCGGGUCCUGCCGGGGCUGGGGCAGGGAGGACUGGGAAGGGGCGCCCUGCAGGUUCCCCAGGGACUUCCCCUGCUGCCCCAGCGCCGCCCUCCCCGGCGCUGCCGGGCUCCUGCCACAUCCCGCUAACCCCCCGCUCUGCUCCGGUUCAGGACCGUGCUCCAGCCUCUGGCUGUGGAGAGCUCUGGCCCUGCUCCUGCUGGCAGCUGUCCUGGCGCUGGGGCUGAGAGGAAAUGUCACUGUUAUGGCAGGGAAGUGCAGAUCCUGUCCAGAAGACUGGAUGUGGUACAGAAAUCAAUGUUACUGUUUUGACAGUGAAAUCCAAGAUUGGAAUACCAGUAGGGAGUUCUGCUGGUCACACAAUGCUACACUUGCUGUGAUAAAAGAAAAGCCAGAGCUGAAUUUCCCUGGAAAAAGGGGGGCAAAAAUGACCUGCGCUUACCUAGAUAUGGUGGCUGCAGUUCCUGGAGACUGCAUGUCUUUGAGGCCCUGGAUCUGUGUCAAGAAGUCGACUUGAGCUCUCUCAAUCAACAGAGCAAAGCUUGUUCAAGUAAGGCACAGGUGCAAAUUGAGUUUGGUUUUCUGUUGCCCCUUGGGAGGCUCCUGCUAUGUAAUUAGGACAACAAAUGACUGUCAGGUUUUCCUGAGUUAUACCAACAGUCCAUCUAGCCCAGUAUCCUGUCACCAGCAGUGAUACACAGAAAGCACUGGACCGGAUACCCCUAGAGUGAUCUAUACUCUAUCCCAUAACCUCCUUGGCAUCUACCAGUUAUUGCUUUAUAGAUUUAAAAGGAAAGAUCUCCCACCUUCCAUGCAAUUUGUUAUGUAGGUGCAUGGUCCAUCUAGAGUUGCUGUUUCUGGGGCACUCUGGAGUGGCCAAGGGAUUUCCAACUGGCAGGGCCCUGUUGUUAACAUUGCUGAGAACAGGAAGCCAGAAGUUGGCAUGCUUUAAUCCUUGCAUUAGCUGUGUACCAGAUCACCUUCAGGGACACCAGCCUUACUCUUUGGAGAGGAACUUUAAUCACUAGAGUAGAAUAGAACGGAUACAUUACCAUGAUGAUGCCUAUGUGAAAAGGUGGGAAGAGACUAAAAAAAUAAAUGCAACUUUGCUUUGUGUUCCAUGGGCUUCAGCUGUAAUCUGGACUGUUAAAUGUCAGACUUGAACAGCUGGUUUAAUAUCUGGAAGAAGCCUUGCUCCACAUGGUGUGAAUGAAACGCCAAUUUCAGAUGAAGGGAAUUUAAGUUUUUAAAAAUUUUUUUUAAACGGUUGACCUUGAUGUUCCUUUUUUAUGUUAUUGUUUUGUACUUGUUUGCUAAAUGGCCAAAGUAAAUAUUUUGUGCUGUGUUUAUUAUACGUUUUCUAUUUGUUAGAUUUGUUUCUACUAUAUGACACUCAAAACUCUUAACUAGUUCCCCACUUAAUGCCCGUCUCUGCUGCUAAAGACAGGUCCAAGACACAUUAGCAUCCUCCUUGGGAAGAAUGUUUUGUUACUAACACAGAAACAGCCUUGUUUUGGAGCGAUAAUGCUUAUGCCACCAAGAGGAGGACAGAAGUUCUUUUUCAAAUGUUUCCAAGUGUUACUGACUUGGAAACUUAUCAAAAGAGUCUCAUAUCAGCACAGGAAGUGGGUACAGCCUCUGCAGUCCUCCCUUGUUGCACUGCUUCAAAAUUGCUCUCCAGCUAUGGAGUACUGCAGGUAGUGCCAGUGACCAGCUCUUCUGGAACCCCUUUCCCUGCGAGAACUGGGAUGCCAUACUGCCACUCUGCUUCUCUAGAACUGGAGAGGUAAGGAGGGAUUGGAGCCUGGACAACCAAAAUCCCAGCUCCAGCUUCUCUGGCAGUAAGUAUUUGGGGAUUAUAUCCAGCCUCUGACUGCUGGUGCCCCUGGCACUGGGGAAGAGUUGCAGGGAGAGUAGUAGUGGCCAGAGGAAUGGAGGGGCUUAUUGCCUUCAGUGACAGCAGCAGGGAGUUGAGGGAAGUUACUGAUUUCUAGCUGUGAGAGGACCCACAGUCUACUCCUCUCCCUUCCCCUUCUUACAUAUAUGUGUCGGAGGGUAGAGCGGCACACUGUGAACUGCUAUUGGACGUCUAAGUCCCCGUCCCAUUCUGUACACUGUAUACAUGUAUAGAGCAGUGAUGCACUUCAAAUUAGUGCCAAAUUCAAAUGGGUAGCACUUUACAGUACUUCAGAUAAGGUUUUGUUUCCUGUUUUAAUAAUCGUGUGUUAUGUGCUUUACCUUUGAUUCCAACAUCUGGGGUGCAUCUACAUGUUCAUUAAUGUGCCUUAGAUACUGCACAUGUAGCUUAGUUCUUCCUUAAUAAAGUGCUAACUAAAUGUGCAGUACCUAGAGUUACUGCACAGUAGCACUGGCAUACAGUUAUUUAGUGAUACUUACUGCACAUUAGCCUAAUAACACUGCACAGUAGGCUGUUAGCAUGGUUUUUGCUGUGACAUGGUACUGCACAGUGUUAUUAGGCUAAUGCAUAGUAAGUGUCUCAUGUAGACAUGCCCUUGUAGAAGUGUUUAUUUUAACUACUAGUAAUAAUGGAAAUUUCAGCUGAUGAAUUACCCAUGAGGUGUAUUUUUGAGAAUCAACUGCUUAAACAAUGUAAUCUUGUUUCUGUUGCUUGCUUCAGUAUCUGAAACAUUUUCAAAUUAUAGUAAAUGAGCAACACAAAACGUUUAA